AUGCUGACUCAGCUGGUUCUGGGAUGGACUGCCUUGCUCAGUGGCCUCCAGCCGGCUGCUUCCUUUGCCACAACCAAGUUUCCCUCCGGCAGGUGGUCGGCUCGGAAAUGUGACGUCUUCAUCCCUCCUCCUCCGCUCAUGAUUCCUCCAGUCAAAUGGAAAGCAGAGAUAAUGUUUGAUAUAACCGAACAUAUCACAGGACCUAGAGGUGAAAAGGGCUGCAGAGGACCCAGAGGACCGAAGGGUGAACCUGGUGUGAAGGGUCCUGAGGGAGAAGCAGGAACACAAGGAGUCAUGGGACAAGCAGGACAACAGGGGGAGAAGGGACUCCGAGGCUGGAGAGGUCUGUACGGACACAUAGGAGCGCCCGGGAUGAUAAAGGGCAGUAAAGGCAAUAAGGGAUUCAGGGGAGAUAAAGGUAUGAAAGGAUCCCAAGGACCCAGGGGAGAGACGAAUGAGAGAGGUGUCGCUGGACGUCCUGGAGAGAAGGUAGAGGAACCUGUGACGCCGUGAAUGUCCCCUUCAGAAUAAAACACUGAUGAUGUUCUGUGAUCUGUUCUGUUCCAGGGUAACGCGGGUGUGAGGGGCGACCAGGGUCUGAGGGGGGGGCAGGGACACCGAGGACGAGCUGGAGGCAGAGGAGCAGUGGUGAGCGCAUCAUG